UGUUAUCAUCAGUCAUCAACAAUUGAGAACAGAGAAAUGGAUAUUGAAACAGUGUAGGACUGACUUGGUAGGAUUUGUACAGCAAGUAGUGGACAUAGAGAGAGAGAGAGAGAGAUCAGAAGGCAUAACAAAAAUAUCUGCAAUUGAUUGUUUACAUUUGAUUAUUAACAACAAUCCGGGGAAGGUGUUAGUUUAGGGUUAAAGUUGCCUGGAGGUGUACUUUUUUUUACUUUUUUGUGUAAGCCAGAACUACUCUAAAUUUUAGAAUAAUGAACCCGAAAAAAAAAAAAAAAAUACAAAUAAUAAAAUCACCUAAAAAUGUGUAUUUUAACAAAAUAGGGGAAAAAAUACACUAUGUAAAAAAAUAAGUAAUUAAUAAAUAUCAAGAACAUAUAAGUAAAACCACAAUAACAAUUAGAACAUAAACAUGUGACUACAAAAUUGUACAACCAUAGCUGAUGUGUGUACGCCUGAACUACUCCAGAUUUUAGAAUAAUGAACCGGAAAAAAUAAUAAAAAUAAAUAAAUACAAUUAAUAAAUACGUUUUAAAACAUAUACAUUUUUCUGUUUUUAUACAUGUAUAUUAUUUUUUAUAAUAAAAACAAACGCAAAAUUUACAUGUACAUAAAAAAACGGGUCCCAAACGAGUCGCUCACACCUGGGAAUCGGUUCUCAUUGUUUACUUACUGAGCCGUUCAAAAGACUCGAUUCGUUCGCGAAAGUCACAGCUCUAACCCAGGAGCCGGCCCAAUUGAGCACCGCAGCAGAGAGAGAGAGAGAGAGAGAGGGUCGUCUGCCUGCGGAACAUCGCCGCUGCCGGUCGGACUUUCCUCCUACCGCGGCCUGUCUAAGACACGUCCGCCUUGGAUACAACACUCGCCAGUUUUAGCCCGAAGUCAGACGCGGGGGUGUCGGCCUUGCGCUUGGCCUCGCGCCGCUUGCUAGCAAGAAGUUAGCAUGGCGGAGAACCACAAGCAAGUGGCCGAGGACAAGACCACCAGGCCGGGCCACGGUGAAGUCAACCACAGGUGGAAGUACAUCAGCCUGGCCCUGCUGGUGGUCCAGAACUCCGUGCUCAUACUCAGCAUUCGUUAUGUGCGCACGAUACCGGGCGAGCGCUUCUUUGCCACGUCGGCUGUGGUCAUGGCGGAGGUCCUCAAGGUGCUGGCGUGUCUCCUCAUCAUCCUGCUGCAGGGGAGGCUCAACGUGAAGAAGAUGGCGGCGCUCCUGGUGGACGCCAUCUUUUUCCAGUACAGGGACAUGUUGAAGUUGGCAGUUCCGUCCCUCAUCUACACGCUACAGAACAACCUGCAGUACGUCGCCAUCUCCAACCUGCCCGCCGCCACCUUCCAGGAGCUUCAGAGGGGUACUUGUACUUCAAAUCACAUGCCUGGGAUGAUGAUGGUGACGUACCAGUUGAAGAUCCUGACUACGGCGCUGUUCAGCGUGUUGAUGCUGAGGAAAAGUCUGACCAGAGUCCAGUGGUUGGCUCUGCUGCUGCUCUUUGUGGGCGUCGCCAUUGUGCAGGUGCAGCAGGACGGCAACAAGGAGGCGGCGCACGCCGACCAGAACUACACCAUCGGCCUGAUCGCCGUGGUCAUCAGCUGUCUGUCGUCGGGGUUCGCCGGCGUCUACUUCGAGAGGAUCCUGAAGGGAAGCGCCCCGUCCGUCUGGGUCCGUAACGUACAGCUGGGCAUCUUCGGCAUGUCGCUGGGCAUGCUGGGACUGUGGUGGAACGACGGCGCAGCCGUGAGCCGGCGCGGCUUCCUGUCGGGCUACACUCCGAUGGUGUGGGGCGUCAUCUUCAACCAGGCGUUCGGCGGCCUCCUGGUUGCCGUGGUGGUCAAGUACGCCGACAACAUCCUCAAAGGCUUCGCCACGUCCCUCUCCAUCAUCAUCUCCACCGUCCUGUCCGUCUACCUCUUCGCCUUCAACGUGGACCUAAUGUUCACCGCCGGGGGGGGGCUGGUCAUCAGCGCCGUCUAUAUGUACAGUCUGCCCAAAGCUUCGCCACGCCCCAGCCUGUCUUCCGCCGCCAUGCAGGAGUGCGCCGAUAUAGAGGCCUUUCCGACAAAGUGGGCCAGGAAGCAGAAAGGAUCUUGAGAGGAAGAGCGCUCUCUGACGCCCCCUGCUGGUGCAGCACACUAACAAGUGACGGCUCAAUAAUGGAUAGGGCACACGACCUGUCACUCAAAGGAGCUAAUGUCCCACGUUUUUAUGUCAAACUUUGAAUGCAAAACUCAGGUUUUUUUUGUUUUGUUUUAAUAGCCACGAGUUAUGUUGGGACAAAAUACACUACUGGGCAAAUAAAGCUCGUUCCAAUCAACGAAGAAGAGUAAAAACAGGUGUUAAUGUCUUUUUUGGCCCUCAAUCUGUUUUGGCCCUCAAAUGCCGCCGUAGUCACUACGACGCGGACUUCCGGGAUUAGCCGUUUGAGCUCGCUACAC